AGAAAGGAAACUAUUUAAAUUCCAAGCUUUACGUGUAAUUUAGUAACUUUUUUUCAUAAAUAUAUACUUAUGACCGUUUGAGUGUAAACGCGAAUGUCUCGACAAGUGUGCAGCUUGACGCUCGCAUUGAUCCGGCUGCACUGCGAGUCCGAGUCCUUCAAAAUGGACCUUAUCUUGGACAUCAACAGCUGGCUGUAUCCGAUGGAAUUGGGUGACAAAUUCCGAUUGGUGUUGGCCACGACGCUGCGCGAGGACGGAUACCCCGAUGGAGGUGACUGGAAUGCCACGGAAGUCGAGGGCGGCUCCAGGGCGAAUUCCUUCGAGUACGUCAUGUCUGGAAAGGUGUACAGGAUCGAGGGAGACGAGGCCAACAACGAGCCGAGCAGUCGACUAUCGGCGUACGUGUCGUUCGGCGGCCUACUGAUGCGGCUACAGGGCGACGCCAACAAUCUGCACGGCUUCGAGAUCGACCAGCACAUGUACUUGCUCAUGAAGAAACUCGCUUUUUAAUCUAAAAAAAAAAA